GCGGUGCGCUCCAGCUGCAGCUGUUUCCAGCGUGUGGUUCGGUUCGGUUCAGGUUCGUGGAUCCCGUCAGGAUGUCGGAGGACCUACGAGCGGAUCUGGAGAAGUUCCUCCUGCAGUUGAACAUCCAGACGAGCUGCGUGGAGCAUCCGCCGGUGUUCACGGUGGAGGAGAUGAUGCCUCACCUGCAGGACGUAAGCGGCGCCGUCACCAAGAACCUUUUCCUUAAAGACAAGAAGAAGAAGGGCCUUUGGCUGUUGUCGGCUCGCCACGACCGGCAGGUGAACCUUAAUGAGCUCGCCAAGAAGCUCGGCGUUGGCAGCGGGAACCUGCGCUUUGCGGAUGAAGCGACCAUGUUGGAGAAGCUGAAGGUGGGUCAGGGAUGUGCCACGGCGCUCGCUCUGCUCUUCGAUAAGGAGCAGACCGUCAAGUUCGUUUUGGACCGGGACCUGGUGGAGGGGGGUCACGAGAGGAUCUAUUUCCACCCCAUGACCAACAGCGCCACCAUGGGGCUGCGGCCCGACGACCUGCUGCGCUUCCUGAAAGAGACGGGACACGAGCCCAUCCUGGAGAGCUUUGAGUAAAACUGGACCUGGACGGGACUGGACUAUAUAAAACCAGACUGGACCGGGCUGGACUGGACUGGAUCGGACCAGACCAGACUGGACUGGGCUGGGUUGAAUCCACCUUGCUUGGUUUUAAAUUAACCUUUGAAUGAGUCAAAGUUCUGCUGACCAACCAGGAAGAACUCUUCAGUCCAGUCCAGUUGGACUCAGUCAGAAGUAGAUCUUCGGCUGACAUCAGAACCUGACCCGGUGCCUGUUGAGCAUCGUACUCCCCAGCUGAGUCCAGCAGGUGGCGCUGUUACAAUAAUGGAGAGUCUGAACCAAAUCUGAAGGCUGUUCCCAUCACUGUGGUUCUGUUGUGUUUUUAUGCAUUAAAUGUAAAUCUGUUUUAAAAUAAAUUUCUUUAUUUUAACUUUAUUGACUCAAA